UAAUAAUCAUGUGAAGAGAUUCCACUUCAGUGUGUCGCAGCGGAGUCCAUCUGGCCACAGCCCACUGUGUGUGUGUGUCUGUUAGCUCGUAGCGAGUCCCUGCACUCACUGGAGAAAAGUGAAGCUAGUUAGCUGCAGCUAGCUCGGUUUCAACUUCACUCAGUCAGACGGGCUUGAUGUUAGAUUAGGUUUUAUAUUUAGUGACGCAGCAGGCAGCGACGAGACUAAACAGAAUCUGCAACAGCGCUGACUCUCAUCCAAAUGUUUGUUGUUUGGCUGCAAGCAGAAAACAAAAAUAUUGACAGGGUGGAACACAAACAUGCAGAAUUUGGUGGUGCAGUCACUUGCCAUGAGGCAGCUCGGGAGGCUGAACCCCCGCCACCUGCUGGCUGCUGGAUAUGGACUGAGGCAGACUAAAUGGUGUCCCAGGAGCAUACACACACGCCAGCUGUGGGGCUGCUCGUCAUUCCCCACGCUUGGCUGUCACAGGCUGACCUCCCACGGCAGAGACUCUCUCAGGAGUUGGUCCGUUCAUCAUCUGAGAUCCAAAAGCAUCAAGAAGAAAGAAACUGCUCCGACAGCACAGGUGGAGGAGGAAGAUGAGGAUGAGAAAGACCCAGAGGACAACGAUAAUGAUGAUGAGGUGGAUAUGGACCCAAAUCAACCGAAGGAAUAUAAAGAUAUGGAAAAGUAUGUUCAGUCUUUCCGGUACGAUGGCAUCAUGAAGGCUGGCCUGGACAUGGCAAAUAAAAAGAUUGAAGAUGCCUUCUACAGCAAUAAACUCCGGCUAAACGGGCAGAAACUCAUCAAAAAAAGUAAAACGGUGAAAGUUGGGGACACGUUAGACAUGGUCCUGUCAGAGAACCAAGAAGGAAACACUGUUACCUUGAUGAGAGUCAUCGUCAGAAGUGUUUUUGCUGAAACCAGUAGAACAGAAAAGUACAAAGUUGCCAUCAGGCGCUGGAAAUCUAUAGAGCUUUCCAAGGACGAGGCCUUUAAGCCAUGAACUUAAAUGGGACGGGAAGAGACUGUAUUGCCAACAAGGCAACAACACAGAAAUGGUAUGACUGGCAGUUUGAAUGGUCUCCAAGAAGUUGGAUCGAGAAUCGAUAACAGUUGUAUAAUGUAAAGUGGUUUCUCAGUGGUUGUAGACAUUCAGCAGUUGGCUGUGAGAAAGAUUUGGAUUGUUUACCUUUCCCCACCAUAUACUCUACGACUCCAAUAAAUGUGCACUUUGAAGUUUGGAAAA